AUGGCAAGUUCUGACGAUGACCUUGACGUAUUACAACUUUCUGCAGAAGCCCAGAAAGCUCUAAAAGAAUUUUACGAAGAACAAAACGAAAAAUUGCUAUCUAGUUGUGACAAUGAAAAAGUCGUGACAGAUGUAAAAUUUGAUGAGGAUUGGGUGAGCAAUCUAAUUUUCGUAUCAUUUUUUUUUAAUAUAUUUCUUAUAUACAAGUAGUAUUAACAUAUAAACCCGAUUCCUUCUUAUUGCAGCAAUUAAGUCAAUUUUGGUAUGAUGAAAACACAUGCAAUCAAAUUGUUGAAUGUGUUCAUCAUACGGUUGGAUCUAACAGCACUGUAGCAUUGAUAUCAUGCCCUACAUUAUAUAAAACCUUUAAGGAAAAGAUACCUACAAUAUCAAGUAUGUAUAAGAAUCAAUACUGAUUACAUAAAUAAUACCGUUCUGUUUAAAUAUAUAUAACUAUUGAUUUACAGUUAAGCUAUUUGAAUAUGAUCAAAGGUUUAGUGUCUAUGGAUCAGAUUACGUUUUCUAUGAUUAUAAUGAUCCAAUGAAAUUUGAUAAAAACCUAUUGAAUAGUUUUGAUUUAGUUGUUGUUGAUCCACCAUUUCUUUCUGAAGAAUGUCUAACAAAAUCAUUAUUAACUACAAAAUCUCUAACAAGAAAACAUGUUAUACUAUGUACAGGUUAGUAUUUUUCUAAUACUUCAAAGUAUUUAAAGUACCUUUUUAAUAUGUUAAAAUAAUUUUUUUAAAUAUUUAUAUUUUUAAACGAAAACAUUUAUGAACUUUUUAGGCGAAAUCAUGGAGGAAUUAGCAAUAAAAUUAUUAAAUGUUCACAAAUGUUCAUUUGAACCAAAACAUAUAAACAAUCUUGCUAAUCAAUUUGCUUGUUUUACAAAUUUUUCAUCUACACUUGACUAG